UGUGUCGUACACAACACAGUUUGAGAAGCUGUUCACAUGUUUUGUAUUACACGUUUCUUAUAUAUGAAAGAAUUUAAUGGUAGAAUUAUUUAAUGUAUUGAGUUUAGUUUUUGUGUCGUUAGCAACGAUGAACUGCGGAAUGACGAUAGACGACAUUUCUUCUUUGAGGCAAAACCAUGUCUAUAUUAGAGAUGAAGUUACACUUUUGAAAAUAAUAAGAAAAUUUGUACAAGAUGGUACAAGUAAUCUGCAAAUAGUUACAGAUUUUGAUUUGACUCUCACAAAGCAACACAUAGAUGGAAAACAUGCGUUAAGUAGUUUUGGUAUGUUUAGAAAAUGUAAGCAGUUGCCGGAAGAAUACUUAGAGGAGGCCAAGCAUCUGUACGACAAGUACAGACCUAUGGAAAUAGAUCCACAUCUGUCUUUGCACGAAAAAUCAAUUGCUAUGUCAGAAUGGAUGCAAGCUGCAUCUAAUUUAUUGAAAGGUUUUGAGUUUGAUUCUAAUGAAAUAAAGGAAGUUGCUCGAACAUUUGACAACAUUUUGCGCGACGGUACAACAGAGAUGUUUGAAAAAUUGUACAACGUAAACGUACCAGUUAUAGUGUUUAGUGCUGGUUUGGGAGACAUGGUGGAGGCUGUGUUGAGGUACCACAAUGCACUCUUCGAUAAUGUAAAAGUAAUCUCCAACUUUCUCAAGUAUAAUGGAAAACAAUUGGAUGGAUUUAAGAACGACGUAAUGAUACACGCAUACAACAAAAAUAAAUGCGCAGUAGCGGAAGAUUCCUUAAAAGUGUUAGGAAGCAACAGACAGAAUGUUCUCUUAAUGGGUGAUACAACGGGAGACGCGGAUAUGAUAGAAGAAAUAGAGAAUAGGACAGACAAAACAGUCUUGAAAAUAGGAUUUCUUUACGAACAUGUGGAAGCCAGUUUAGAAGCAUUCAUGAAAAAGUUUGAUAUUGUUCUUGUUGAUGAUCAGACGAUGCGAGUGCCGAUGGAGAUUUUGCAACUUAUCUUGUAAUAUUUGUGUGGAGAUGAAUAUUUUUUUUUCACAUUUUUGUAUGUGCACUCUUUUGUUUGAUUGCACGAAACAAAAAUACGGAAAUAGGAAUGCAUAAUAAAUGGUUCUGUGAUUUUUCACAACACAUAUGCAUAAUUACAUUUGUGCGUAUGUGAUUAUUUAAUUCUCAGAAUUCGGGAAUCUUGCGAUCACAGUAUUGAAAGAUUAUUGUAAGAAAUGCAUUUGUCUUACUGUAUUAUUAAAUAGUGUGGCAGAGCUUA